UACUACACCAACUACAGCUACUACACCAACUACAGCAACUACACUAACUACAGCAACUACACUAACUACCGCAACUACACGAACUACAGCAACUACAGUAACUACACCAACUACACUAACUACACCAACUACACCAACUACACUAACUACACCAACUACAGCAACUACACUAACUACACUAACUACAGCAAGUACACCAACUACAGCAAGUACAGCAACUACACCAACUACAGCAACUAAAACAACUACAGCAACUACAGCUACUACACCAACUGCACUAACUACAGCUAAUACACCAACUACAGCUACUACACCAACUACAGCUACUACACCAACUACCCAAACUACACUAACUACACCAACUACACUAACUACACCAACUAUACCAACUACUACACCAACUACACUAACUACACCAACUACAGCUACUACACUAACUACGCCAACCACACUAACUACACCAACUACACUAACUACAGCAACUACACCAACUACACCUACUACAGCAACUACACUAACUAGACCAACUACAGCUACUACACCAACUACAGCAACUACAGUAACUACAUCAACUACAGCAACUACAUUAACUACACCAACUACAGCAACUACAGCAACUACAACAACUACAGCAACUACAGCUACUACACCAACUACACUAACUACAGCUACUACGCCAACUACAGAUACUACACCAACUACAGUGACUACAGCAAUUACAUCAACUACAGCUACUACACCAACUACAGCUACUACACUAACUACACCAACUACACUAACUACACCAACUACACUAACUACAGCAACUACAGCAACUACAGCUACUACAGCUACUACAUCAACUACUCCUACUACAGCUACUACACCAACUACACCAACUACACUAACUAAGCCAGCUACAGCUACUACACCAACAACAGCAACUACACCAACUACAGCAAAUACAGCUACUACACCAACUACACUAACUACACCAACUACAGCUACUACACCAACUACAGCUACUAGACCAACUACAGUAACUACAGCAAUUACAUUAACAUUCUCAUAGUGGGCUUAGUGGUCACUUAA